CGAGGGGCGGCGUGGCGGGCGAGGCGUCGGCGCGAGGGAGAGCGAGAAGCGGGGGGCGACAGCCGAGGAGGCGAGCGACCGGCUGUGUGGGCCGGGAGUGGGCUGCGUUCGGCCCACGCGGCGGGGUGCGGGGAGGAGGCGACGCACGAACUACUGCUGCAUUAUAGGAGUAGAGAUGUGCAGGACAGCAGAAGCCAACAAUAUUGUGUUGCAGUUGUGCCUGUCAUGGCCAACUUGAGGAAACCCUAUAAAACGGUAGAUUCUCCUCAAGAAAAAUAGCUAGAUUCUGGAUGGAGACUGAUUUUAAGAUAACCUCCAGAUUUACAUCCCAAAAAUAAAUCACACCUUCCUGUCUUUCUCUCUCUGUUGAAAGGAGGCGUCCAAUGUUUUCCAUGGCCUUCCUCUCUUUCAAGAGGAGGCGUCCAAUGUUUUCCCCUAUUAAUAGACGGUAUCCUGAUUACCUGCAAGUUCUUCCUUCCAUGCAGGAAGGGAUGGCAGAACUAUUGGAGUUUAGCCAGGGAAACAUCUUUAGCUCGUCGGUGUCAAUCUUGGUCAUAGAUGGAAACAGACUUUUAUGUUAAUGCAAAUGACAAACAUUGAACAUCAAUCAGGGCCUUUUACCAAGAUGGCAGAAAACGAUGCUAUUCAGUUACAGAGAGCAAUAUUUGCCCAGUACAUUAUGAUAAAAAAGUUAUUUAUGGAGCUAGAAGUGGAAAGAGAAGCUUCAGCUACCGCUGCAAGUGCGGCCAUGUCAAUGAUUCGAAAGCUUCAGAAAGAGAAGGAUGCAGAGAGGAUGGAAGCAUGGCAGUACAAAAGAAUAGCUGAGGAAAAGAUGAACCACACUGACGGAGCACUGAAGAUUCUAAAGGAGGUGAUGGAGCUAAAGGAAUUGGAGAUCUCUUAUCUGAGGAACAAACUGCAGGUGUAUAAACACAAGCUAUUAGAUGCUGGCAUUGAUGAUUCUGACAUUGCUGAUGAGACAAUAGCUAGUAAUAUACCUUUGUUUGAAAGCAAGAACGUGGAGAAUCUUUGUCGUAAGAUCAAAAGGAAUUUGUCUCUGCCAACUUUGCGGUUGAAUAAACUAUAUACUGAUAUGGACAUCAACAAAAAUGGUGGAGUACAAUCAGCAAGGAGCAGGCCGAGUGAUGAUGGAUGGGAGCAUAUUUCUACAGAUGGUAUGGCUUUAGAGCCCAAGAAAAGCUUGUCAACGGAUGUCAACAGUACAGAAAAGCAAAGUGAAGAACCGAAACCUCCAAGCAGUGGUGAAGCUUUACAUGACUCUCAGCCAUUGGAAGAGUCUUCAUGUUGUUCCUCGUUCUCAGUGAGUCAUCAGACAGAUAUAUUAAGUGAAACAGCAGUUCAGGUCAGUGGAGAUGUGGAAUACAUGGUGAACCAUGAUAGACCCAAGGAGUCUUGUUUAGGUACUGAAACGGGUGAACUAACAGUUCAUCCUCUAAGUGGACUUGACCCGCUCCAAAUUCCAGAAAGAAGCAAUGUGACGACUGAUUCCUCAUGUACUGGAAGUGAAAUACUUACAGAGGAAUCAGAACUGUCUCCCUCGGUUGCUACCAAAGGGCGAGGGCCACGUAGUCUAUCCAGGUUCGCUGCAACAAGAAAAAUUGGAUCCAUGAAUAAUGUUGAUAGACAUGUUCGUCGAAGCUCCGGGAGUCAGACACCCCGAGCUGGUGUUGAGAGAACCAGAUCAAGGCUAAAGCGCGUGCAAAGUGAAAAGAUGGUUGAGCUAGGUGACACUAAAACUAACAAGGAGCAAAUCAUAAUGCUGAAGGAGGUAUACGAGCAGCUUGGCAUGAUAGAGUCACACAUGAGACCUUCUAGUUCUCAAGAAAGCCCCCGAAAUGACACAUCGUUAGAUUCUGUUAUGGAGGCGGCUCUGUCCUUCUCCAUAUAACCCUGCCGGGCUUGUGCCAUCUGAAGCAUGUCGUGAGGCCAUCUGGUGGCAAUUCAAGUUUUUUAAUCUGGCGGCACAUUAUCGCAUACUUCACAAUUUUUCAAGGGAUACAAACCAGAGGCGAGCCCUUUUCUGUUUAAAUAUCUCCUUCAUCAACGCAAUACAGUGAAAACUGGGGAAUGCGUGGGCACAGUUCACAUUGUUAAAUCUAACGCCAUCCCAAAAGUGCGUAUGUUGUAAGGUUGUUCACUUGUUUGCACAGGCAUUCGCCUGCUGGCAUGUUCGAUUUGUAUCUGAUGUGUAUAUAGAUGAAGGCAAGGAAGAUAAAA